AUGUCCGUAUAGGGGAGAGAAGGGUAUGAAGAAGGAAGAAAGCAUGACUAAACGUCAUCAGGAUAUUAUAUUAAACUACUUCCCAUCCGUGACAUUCACAUAAUUAUUGUCAAAUGUUUCAAAUUAAAUGUUAAAAUGCUGACAUGUGGUAACUGUUGCUGGGUGUGUGUCGUGUGGUAAUUGUAGAUAUAACUUAUGCUAUGUGAAGUAUUCUUAUGGAUGGAACUGGAUAAACCUUAGUAAAACAGGAUUAAGGAGUGUGUGGGGACCAAUUAAGUUACUGCUGUAAUCUGGAGAUUGCAGUGUGAUCAAUACCCAGGGCCAACUAAGCGCUAGACAUAAUUAUAUAAUCCAGCCAUGUAGAUGGCCUAUGUACUCCAGCCAUGUGGACGGGCUAUGUACUCCAGCCAUGUAGACAGGUUUUCAGGUCUUCUAUUACUAUUACGAGAAAAACUUAAAUAUACAAUAAUGGGAAAGAAGAAAGGCAAGAAGGGAAAGAAGGGAGGAGGAAAGAAGGGAGGGAAGAAGAAGGAACCUCAAAUGACAGCAAAGGAGGCCAUUUUGGCGUACCAGAUUGGAAUCAUAGAGAAAAAGAUGGAGGAUGUAAUGUUUGAAUCAAGAGGAUGGGAAGAUAAAAACCGCAGACAUGAAGAAAGGAAUGAGAAGUUGCUAUCAGAACAAGAACUCCUGAUCAAGCAUUUGCUGAAGCAAGCUAAAGAGGUGGAAAAAUAUUUUGAAAACGAAGAAGUAAAAACCCGCGACGAUGUUAUAAUGACGAUGAAAGAUAAGUGGGGACGACAGCGCCAAAAGGAAAAUGAACUUACUGAGUUGAAGAAGCUGAUUGCUGAGACAGAAGGGGAUAUCAGUCGGGAGGAGAAGGAGGUGGGGUUAUGGCUGGCUUUCCGUGACAAAGGUGAUAUGGAAGAGAAGAAACAGAUACAACUUUUAAAAGACGAACUCGUUGACAUGGAGGUCAGCUUUGGAGAUAUGAAAAAUCAUUUGGAACGUUCACAAGAAAAGGCGACAUCAGAAAUCAACCAACAUACGGAGGAAACAGUGGAUAAACAGAAAUAUUUAGCUUCAGAGAAAGCUAUAGGUCAGCUAGACAAGUACAGUCGCCAAGAGGUCCUUGACAAUGAUUGGCUCCGACGAGAGGUGGAGAUACACAAGGCAGAGUCUGCAGAUCUGAAACAGGAAGUGGAGGAUUUAGAGAAGGCCAACCUCUUUGUGAUGGCCGACUUGUUUGAAUGUAAAAUAGAAGAUCUCAAGGUGUCAAGGAACUUUUUCCUGACCCAGUUUGAGGAUAACGGUGAGAACCUGGACAAUACAGGAAUUCUGGAGAUGGACCUGGCACAGAUAUCCAUCAAUGACACAAGUACAGACAGCUCAAACCUAGCCAUCAAGGAGGCAGGGGAGACAAUCCCAGCACGGUCAGGCAGUGCCACACAGAGAGCAGUGGAGAAGAAAGUGUUCUCCAUGGUCGCCCCACCCUUCUUAGAGCAUGAUGGGGAUAGCUCCUCGGAGGAUGAUGAGAGUGUUGACACAGAACUUCUGGAUAAUAUGUUCUUUGAAGAGGAAGACUUUUCAGAUUACCUAAAGCUUGGGCCCUUGGAGAUGAAGUUACUGAAUGUGUCGGGAGUACAGAUGCCCAUCCACAUUCCCCAGGCUCUCAGCGCUGAGGAGGCUGCAGCGAAGGAUUGCAAGCCUGACAGCUGGCCCGUAACUCAAUCCAUGCUGAAGGGUGUGGCCAGACCAUAGCUCCUCCUCAGACAGGCCAAAAGUCACAGAUGGCACUGUUUCUAGCCUUAACAUGUGGUUGGAUAUUGUCAGGGUAUUCAGUACUGGAGUCUUGAGAAAUGUGUCCAGUCAUGAAGUCACUUGCAUAAUGAGGAUACAGUCAUACAUCCAAUGUUUUGGAGGAACUUGUGUGGUCAAGUUUUGUGGUCAAGUUGUGUGGUCAGAUCCAAGAUAAGCCAUUUAUCCCAUCCAACAGAAUGUUCAACAUAAUUAAAUCUGGCCUAAACUUUGAUACCAUUAUGGUUGUAAUUAUACAUCUUAUGAUUGAGUAUUGUUUUCAUUUUGUUUACAGUAUAUUUCUAUUAAUUGUAUGACAGUAAAUCUUUAACAGAAGUUAUCCAUAUUGCCAUAAAACUAUAGCUCUGUACUUUUCUUACAACAAACAGAUUUAGAAAGGACUUAUUAGGAAUGAAGUUGAUUCUCAAAUUUGAAUACUCUAUAGGAAUUAACAAAUAAAUAUUGUUAAUGAUUGUCUACAUGGUGCCUUUUGUGUAUCUGUGAUCAAGAGUGAAUGUGAUAUACAGCUAUGAGGUGUGUGUUGGUGUGUAUGUGUGUAUGGUGUGUGUAUGGUGUGUGUGUGUGUGUGUGUGUGUGUAUGUGUUGGUGUGCAUAUGGUGUGUGUGAGUGGUAUUUUAAGCUUUGAAGUACACCUGUAGACUGAGUGGUGUUAUGAGGUGUGUGUAUGUUGAUGGUAUGGGAGGUAAUAUAUUUACAUAUUGACAACAAGUUUAAACUACAAUCUCUCCCUCUUUAUGUUUUAUCAACAUUAUCUGCUGAUGUGUAUGUUUUGUAUGUAUUUCAUUGUUUCCUAUUCAGUUUGCAAAUUUUAAUAAAAUUAGUACAUC